CUUUUGCUAUGUGUUUUAACCCAGGAGGCUUGUAUUCCAAGAUGAGAACUUAGGCAGGAUAACUUGUAUCUGAUGGGUUCAGAGCACAGGGUCAGAACCCCGGAUGCAGAGUCUUCCUGGAUGCAGUUCUGGUCUAGGCUGGCAGCGAGCAUGUGGGGAGGCUGUGCAGAGCGGGUGCAGGGCAGCCUGACAGCUGGAGCUGUGUGGAAGGCAGCCUGAGACCGAGUGGGAAGGACGGGUCCCCAAUAGGCCGGGACACCUGCCUCAUCACUGGCCUUUAGGAGAAAAGAAACAGCGGGGUAGACUUAGAUAAAAAGUAAGAAAAAGAGUCAGAGGUUGGUGUUUGGAAAGAAGCACGUAACCGGAAGCAGAGAUGUAUUUGGCCGGGCCGAACAGAUAGGUUUCAGUAAACCAGGCUCAAGGGACAGGAAAUUUCACCAUUCCCUGUUGGGAGUAUAGGAACUACGUGAGGAAGACCCGGUCGGGUAUUCCGGACCUGAAACUCCCCAGAGCCGCAGUCGCCGCGGGGGGCGGCCUGGGAAAGUCACCAGUCAGCAGCGCAGUGGCGGGAACCGCAGCCCGGCGGCCCUGGAACCUCCCAGGUGUUUUCUUCUUUCAUUUUUGUUCCAUGGAAAGUUCCAGGUGCUUUCUGAAGAAUCCCUUUCCCAUAUGCAAGUCUCAAAUUGCUCAGUGAGUCCUGCUCACCUGUGAAUCAGAACAAAGAGCCCUGGAUGAUGAAGAGAGAGGAGACAGUAGCAAAGGAUCCAGCAAGAAUUCCAGAUUUUGUUCCAGAGAUAGAAACUCAGAGAAGAGCAACAAGAAGAAUGAAUGCUUCUCUGAUAAAUGCUCCUGAGAGUCUGUUAACAUUCAGGGAUGUGGCUGUGGAUCUCUCGAAGGAAGAAUGGGAAUGUCUAGAUUGUGCCCAGAGGGCUUUGUACAUGGAUGUAAUGUUGGAGAAUUACAACAAUCUAGUCUUUGUAGACAACCAUCACAUGUGUGUUGAAUAUAAGAAUGACCUUCACCAUGACUCAAAGCAUAUUGUCCAUGAUUAUGUGAAUAUCCAAGAAAAGGCUUUUAAAUGUAAUGAUCUUUGCAAAGUUAUACAUGAAUUUUUUACAUGUACACCUUAUGACACAAGUGAUACUGUAGAAAACAGCAAGAAGUAUAAGUUUGGAGACCAAAUAGAUGCCUCUCUUGAAUUAUUAAACUCAACCAGACAAAGAAGUGGGAACACGGGAGAAGAACCUUCCAAAUAUAAGGACUGUGUAAACUGUUUAAAUUUGUGUUCCAUCAUUAGCCGAAAUCUACAAAUCCACACUGGAAAGGAAGAACACAAAAAUGCAGAGAAUGAUAAAUCUUUUGACUCUAGACAAAAACUCACACUGGAAGGACUCCACAAUGGAAAGGAACCACAGCAAUGCCAGAAAUGUAGUAAAUGCUUCAAGACGUACUCAACCCUCAGUAGACAUAAAGGAUCUCAUACAGAGGAGAAACCUUAUAACUGUACAGAAUGUAGUAAUAUCUUUCUGCUUCUAUCACAACUGAAAGUACAUAACAACGUCCAUUAUGGAGAAAACCCGUACAAAUGUACUGAAAGCAGUAAGUGCUUUUAUGAUUCAUCAGAAUUUAAAAGACAUUACAGAAUCCACCCUGGAGAGAAAAUUUACAAAUUUACUGAUUAUGGCAAGUCCUUCAUUUGCUGCUCAGAUCUUGGAAAACAUCAGAAACUUCAUAGAGGAGAGAAGUCUCAUGAAUGUAAGCAAUGUAGUAACUUCUACAUUUUGUCACACCUUGAAUACCAUGAUAGUAGCCAUAAUGGAGAGAAACUUGACGGAUUUAAUGAAUGUGACAAAUCCCUUUCCAUUGCUUUAGGUGUUAAAAAAAAUCAGAGGAUUCACACAGAAGAGAAACCUUACAAAUGCAUUGAAUGUGGUAAAUCUUUUUUUCAGAAAGCCAAACUUAAAACACAUCAAAGAAUUCAUACAGGGGAGAAACCUUACAAGUGUGGGGAAUGUGGCAAAUGCUUUACCCAGCAGACACAUCUAAAAACCCAUCAGAAACUUCAUACUGGGGAGAAGAAUUACAAAUGUAAUGAAUGUGGCAAGUCUUUUUUCCAGAAAAACCAUCUUAGGAGACAUCAGACAAUUCAUACUGGAGAGAGGCCUUAUAAAUGCACUGAAUGUGAGAAAUCCUUUGCCCGUAGUUCAUAUCUUAGAUUGCAUCAGAAAUUUCAUACAGGUGUGAAACCAUACAAAUGCAGUGAAUGUGGGAAAGGCUUUACUAGUAGUUCAUCUCUUCGAUUGCAUCAGAACAUUCACACAGGUGAGAAGCCUUAUAAAUGUAGUGAAUGUGAGAAAUCCUUUACCAGUAGUUCAUACCUUAAAUUGCAUCAGAACAUUCAUAAGGGUGAGAGACCUUACAAAUGUAAUGAAUGUGGCAAAGGGUUUAUCCAGAAACAACAGCUGAGGAGACAUCAGACAAUUCAUACAGGAGAGAGGCCUUAUAAAUGUAGUGACUGUGAGAAAUCCUUUUCAGUUGGUUCAGAUCUGAGAAGCCAUCAGAAAAUUCAUACAGAAGAAAAUCCUUACAAAUGUAGUGAAUGUAAGAAAUCCUUUAGCAGUAGUUCAUCUCUUCGAUUACAUCGGAAAUUUCAUACUGGUGAGAGACCUUACAAAUGUAAUGAAUGUGGCAAAGAUUUUGUUCAAAAACAACAGCUUUUGAGACAUCAGACAAUUCAUACAGGAGAGAAGCCUUACAAAUGUAGUGAAUGUGAGAAAUCCUUUUCACUUGGCUCAGAUCUUAGAAGCCAUCAGAAAAUUCAUGCAGAAGAGAGUCCUUAUAAAUGCAGUGAAUGCCAGAAAUCCUUUAGCAGUAGUUCAUCUCUUCGAUUGCAUAAGAGAAUUCAUACUGGUGAGAAACCUUACAAAUGCAGUGAAUGUGACAAAUCAUUUAUCCAGAAACACCAACUUAGAAGACAUCAGACAAUGCAUACAGGAAAGAGGCCUUUUAAAUGUAGUGAUUGUGAGAAAUCCUUUACCAGUAGUUCAUCUCUUCAAUUGCAUCAGAACAUUCAUACAGGUGAGAGACCUUACAAAUGUAAUGAAUGUGGCAAAGGGUUUAUCCAGAAACAACAGCUGAGGAGACAUCUGACAGUUCAUACAGGAGAGAGGCCUUAUAAAUGUAGUGACUGUGAGAAAUCCUUUUCAGUUGGUUCAGAUCUUAGAAGCCAUCAGAAAAUCCAUGCAGAAGAGAAUCCUUAUAAAUGCAGUGAAUGUAAGAAAUCCUUUACCAGUUGUUCAUCUCUUCAAUUGCAUCAGAGAACCCAUACAGGUGAGAAACCUUAUAAAUGCAAUGAAUGUGAGAAAUCCUUUACCAGUGGGUCAUAUCUUAGAAUACAUCAGAAAUUUCAUACAGGAGAGAAACCUUACAAAUGUAGUGAAUGUCAGAAAUCCUUUACCACUGGCUCAUAUCUUAGACUGCAUCAGAAAAUUCAUAGAGGUGAGAAACCUUACAAAUGUAGUGAAUGUGAUAUAUCCUUUAUCAAGAAACAACAUCUUAAGAUACAUCAGAAAGUUCAUACUUGGGAGAAACCUUAUGAAUGCAGUGAAUGUGGUAAAUGCUUUAACCUGAAAGUCAAACUUAGAGAACACCAACAAAUUCAUAAAGGAAAGAAACCUACAAAUGUAAUGAAUGUGGCAAAUGCUUUAUAUAGAAAUGCCAACUUCGAACCCAUUAGUGAAUUUAUACAGGAGAGAAACCUUACAAAUGCAGUGAAUGUGACCAAUCUUUUACCAGUAGGUCAUAUGUUAGAGUGCAUCAGAUAAUUAAUACAUUACAAAUGUAGUAAAUGUGAGAAAUCCUUCACCAGUGGCUCAUACCUUAGAUUUCAUCAGAAAUUUCAUACUAGAGAAAAAAGUUACAAAUGUUGUUAAUGUGAGGAAUCCUUUACCAUUGACUCAUAUCUUAGGCUGCAUCAGAAAAUUCAUAGAGGUGAGAAACCUUACAAAUAUAUUACAAGUGGCAAAGACUUUACCUGCCUCUCAUGUCUAAGAAAACAUCAAAAAAUACAUUCUGUGGAGAAAGUUUCCAUGGUAAAGACAUAUCCAAGCUGUGUCUUUAGGGACCACUAAAGGCUCCACACUAGAAAAUCAUUUUGAACAUGAAAAACUUGUGAAACCUUUUAAGUGAUGUUUAUGUCUUAGAAAAUAUCAAAAGUUCAUACUGAGGAAAAUUCUAAAAAUGUGGCAAUCUACAAAAAUUUUCUGUAAAACAUACUAUUUCAACUGCCAAUAUUUUAUAAUGAAUACAAAAUGGAGAACCUUAUGAAUAUGUUCUUGUGUAGCCAGUUCCUGGAGACUAAAAGAUUCCAUCCUAAAAGGAAACUGAUUAAGAUAAGAAGUAACCAUGCAAUAGCUUCAAGAAGUACCUGAAUCUCACAGGAUUCACUGUGUUUAACACCCAUGAAGAAACUCAUGCCAAUUAUGCUUCUUAGAUGAGGCUUUAAUUGAGCCACAAAGAUAGGGCACCCUUUAACCUAUGGGAAUACCUGCAGGUGGGCAGUGUGUUCCAGGUGUCCAGUGUUCAUAAUCUACAUCUCAUGCUAGGUUGGAGUUUCAUGGGGGCAAUUAUCUUUGAGUCCCCUUUGUCCCUAUAAAUGGCUCCUUGGUAGCCAUAUGUUUCUUUGGGAUGCCAGCUCACAAAUAAAAACAGGGAGACUUAUUAUUAAUUAUGAAAGCUUGGCCUAUACUUUAGGCUUGUUCCUAACUAGCUCUUAUAUCUUAAAUUGUCCCAUUUUUUUAAAUCUAUGUACUAGCACGUGGCUUUUUACCUUUCUACCUCCAACUCAUUCUGCAUCUUGCUGGCAUCUCCUCUGCAUGCCUAGAUUCAUCCCCAGUUCCAUUUCCCAGAAGUCCUGCCUAUUGUCCCUACCUAGCUAUUGACCCUUUAGCUUCUUAUUAAACCAAUCACAGUGACAUAUCUUUGCACAGUGUAAUCAUAUUUUUGCAACACUCCAUAUUCCUAUCAUCCAGUAAAGCUCAUUGAUUUAACAAGAUGGAUUUCAGUGGCAUCCAUAUUUGGUUGUGUUGUAAGUCCCCAUUUGGGUGGUUAAGCACAUGUAUAUUUUGUGUUUUCCCCAGGAAACAACUCUCAUGAAAAUGAAACAUGUGCUGAUUUUAUUCCUCCAAAUUGCAUGUACACCAGAAUAAUGAUAGUAGAGAAAGUAUUUGAGUCAACUAAAUUAGGGAAGAUUGUUGGUGCUCACUGCUCCAAGCUUGUUGCCACACCUGGUCUGGUUAAAGGAGCUCAAUACAGACAGAACUUACAGGCUUACGGAGCCUCCGAAAAGAGGCUGCUUUCUUUGUAGCAUUCAGAGACAAAUGAAAAUAUGUCUACCAAACUGUCAGAGACAUAUUCCAAACUGGGCUGUUUCUAUGCAUUCCUCUAAUGCUUAGACUCUGUGAUUCACUCAUGCUUUAAUGAACCCCAGAACAUUGCUGCUCAUGGGCAAGUAUGACCACUGUUACAUCCUUGUUUCUUGUUUUACCUUGGAAAUUCUACUCUGUAAGCCUCCCCGACAAACGACUGAAUUUCAGCUCUUUUUGUUAAAUCCUUUAAGCAACCAUAAUAUUGUAGACAUACUGGAAAAUUCAUCAUGAAAUAAAUCUUAAGCAAAUGCUUUAAUAAAGACUUACUUUCAGCUUCA